AUGCAGCGACUGCUCGAUUUGAAAGAUACUUUCUUAGCUUUGGACGUGGUUCAGCAGCGUCUAUUGGUAGCCUCUGCACUGGUGGUUGGGGGCAUAAGUCUUACUUUUUUCAGGAGGGAGAGAAAAAGAAUCCCUCUUGGUGAAGGAUGGUGGGGAGCAGGGGUGAAACCACUGUCUGAAGAUACAAAAGUCUAUAGCUUCAAAGUGGAGACCUCAGACAAAGAGAUCCAGGAUUUGCAUGAGCGAAUUGACCGCACACGGUUUGCAGAUCCAUUGGAGGACAGUGCUUUCAAUUAUGGCUUUAACUCAACUUAUUUGAAGAAAGUGGUUUCCUAUUGGAGACACGAGUUUGAUUGGAAGAAACAAGUAGAUAUGCUGAACAAGUAUCCACACUACAAAACCAAAAUUGAAGGUUUGGAUGUGCACUUUAUCCAUGUGCGACCACAAUGCCAGGCCCACCAGAAGGUUUUGCCUCUCAUGCUUGUUCAUGGCUGGCCCGGAUGCAUCUAUGAGUUCUUCAAGAUUAUUCCACUUCUCACAGAAACUCAUGGUGGUGUUGUAUUUGAGGUGAUCUGCCCAUCUAUUCCUGGCUAUGGCUACUCUGAAGCCCCUCACAAAACAGGAUUCAAUAGCCUUGCAGCUGCCCGUGUUUUCUUGACCUUGAUGGAUCGUCUUGGCUUUUCACAGUUCUACCUGCAAGGAGGAGACUGGGGCUCCCUCAUCACCACCAACAUGUCACAAAUGAAGCCUGAAUGUGUAAAAGGACUCCAUUUGAACAUGUUUAUGACGAGAAGUGGAUUAAAGGAGUGCUUUUCUCUGGUUGUUGGACGAUAUCUGCCCUUUCUGGUUGGAUUCAGUAGAGAGGAUGUCAAGCGGCUGUUUCCUUUCAUUGAGAAAAAUGUGUAUGCGCGAUUGAGAGAGACUGGCUACAUGCACAUUCAAGGCACCAAACCGGACACAGCAGGCUGUGGCGUGAAUGACUCUCCUGUUGGCCUGGCUGCUUAUAUACUGGAAAAGUUCUCAAGUUGGACCGACUCAAACAACAGAUUCCUUGAUGAUGGUGGUUUAGAGAGGAAAUUCACCCUGGAUGAACUGCUGACUGUGAUCAUGAUCUACUGGACCACCAGCUCCAUUGUAUCCUCUAUGCGUUUCUACAAGGAAAACCUGUCUUCCAACAUGGACAAGAGAAUUGAUCACUUAACCAAUGUGUUUGUCCCGGCUGGAUUGGCUGCGUUCCCCAAUGAGCUGUUGUACUGCCCUGAGAGAUGGGCCAAAAAUAAGUACAGAAACACUUACUCCUACACAUUAAUGCCUCGAGGUGGUCACUUUGCCGCUUUUGAAGAGCCCAAACUACUGGCUGAUGACAUUUUUUGUUUUGUCAAUAAAGUGGAGAAGUAG